AUGUUCGUUCUCGCUCGAGCUCCCGCGUGCGCGCCGUCGACGAACCGAAGGCGCGCGGCGACGACGAAGCGAACGACUCGCGUCGCCCGCAUCGCUUCGGUCCGCGCCGCGUCCGAGGACGUCGACUCCACGAGCGACGACGCCGAGCCGUCGCCCUCCAUGUUGGAGUUCGCCGAGUCUGGCUUUCCCUCGGAUGAGGACGACGUGAUGGACCCGCGCGCGCGGGACCGGGCGAUGAAUAAGGUCGUGGAUGAGAUUCACGAGCUGAACAAGGCGGAGGAGGAGGUGCUGAACAAGGCGUUCAAGCUCGUGGAGAAGUUUGGGUUGAAACGUAAGACGGCGAGCGAGUGA